AUGGAAACUUGGUCAGUUGAGCAGGUCUGCAGUUGGUUAGUGGAGAAAAACUUAGGAGAGCUAAUUCCUAGGUUUCAAGAGGAAGAAGUAAGUGGAGCUGCUCUUCUAGCACUUAAUGAUAGGAUGGUUCAACAACUGGUGAAGAAAAUUGGACACCAAGCUGUUCUGAUGGAUUUAAUCAAAAAGUACAAGCAGAGCAGUAAAAACCUAGAGUCUUCUGGAAGCCUGGGAGAGUCAGCCUUGGUAACCUCAACUGAUGCAGCCCCAGAGAAUGAACAAUCUUACAGUCCUGCCAGCCAUAGGGAGAUGGUACCAUUUCCCUACCCAGCCAAAAGCCUUGAUAAUGGACUAAUUGACCAAAGAGUAUUAAAACAGAGAAGAAAUGUGAAACAUAUUCUAGCAAGGAACAAAGCAUUACAAUGGACCAAGUCCUACAUUUUACCUGAGUUUCCCUAUGAUGUCAAGUGCAUGUUAGCAGAGCAGCAGUGUCCAGAUCACAGCAUGAGGAUACGCAUCAUUGAGUUUCUCCAGGCCGACAUGACUAAAUACCUGGAUGGCUCGCUGUAUCCCACCACCCAGCAGUACAAUGAUGUGGUCAAUGCCUUACUGCAGGCCCAUCCGUUCCUGGAUGAGGACGGCUGUGGCUUUUUUUUAUGGAAACGAGCCCUCAAAGAUCGUUUUAAAUAUGUUCGAAGGCCUAUAGAAGAUGAUGAACAAGUAAUGAGAAAUAAGUACAAAUUUGGACACCGAAGAGGCCAGACAAGGAAAUCCCUUGCUGAUACAAGAUUUGAUGAAGUUAAAAUUGUACAGAUAAAAGAAGAAUCUGUUUGUUUAGAUUCUGAGGUAGAUGAACACAUUAACUGGUUCCAGCAAGAAUAUGUGAAAACAGAAAAGAACUGGAGAGAAAUUGACAAGAGGAUGAGCCAGACUUUGGAAAUCAGAAGGAAGAUGAUUGACAAGAGGACACCUUUGAAGGAUAUUCUUAAAAUGUUUCCUUUCUUGAAAUGCCCUUACCAGAUGUUCAGAGAAUUCCAGCUUCUUACAAGAACGGAUAUUUGUAAGAAAACACGGCAUAUUUUGGAAUCCUAUUCAGAAAAUGUACUGACUGCUUUUUCAGUGGCAGACAAUCCAAUCAACAUUGCAUUACAAGAAAAACUGAAGCAGUAUACAGAUGAAGACAUGCUGAAAUAUAUGAAGAUGACAGCCACGUGUUUACUCCUCCCGGAUGUUUUUGGAGAUGAUUCCAGUCUUUUUGUUGUUGUGAAUGAGAAGGUACACAUGUCUACACCUGUGUUGAAAGUUAAAAACCCUUUCAACAUCGAUGUUUGUGAGUUUUCUUUAUAUUUGGACAAAGAGAAGCUCACCAAAGUGGAUGACUGUGUCACAGCCUUGGCUGCGCUGGUGGCUGCCUUUCAUGUGUUUGGGAUUGAAUGUCCAAGAAGACUAUCACAAACCCUCAACUUCUUGGAGACCUUGAUCUUUGAUAUGCAUAGUCCCCAUUUUCCUUCCUCCAAAGAAAAGGAGAAGGAAAUAGGAUCUCAACCCUCAAUCACUUAA